AAGUCUCCCUGCGUGGUGGUUCAAAGCUGGUUUAUUUGAGCAUUAAAAGAACGACAGACUUUGACAAGUUUUCAACUUUCCUGUACAUCCUUUUCCUCAGGAAGGAUGCUGAACCUGCCAGUCUGUGUCUGGGGGAUCCUCCUGCUGCUCCACACAGCAGACUGUGGAAGGUUUGAAGUUAUUAGUCCAAGUCCUCAAAUCACAGCAGUUGCUGGUGAAAGACUCAUUCUGCCAUGCUACGUCAAACCCAGUAUCAGUGCUGUGGACUUUACGGUGAAGUGGUUGAAACUCUUAGGAGACAGAUACCAAGGCAUUGUCCAUCUAUACAAAGACGGCAGAGAUGACAAUGACAAUCAGAAUCCCUCCUUCAAGGAGAGAACAGCUCUGUUUAAAGAGGAACUGAAGACAGGCAACACCUCGUUGAAGCUGCUCUGGGUUAGAUGCACUGAUGAAGGAACUUUCAAAUGUUCUGUCAGGUCACCGAUAUCGUAUGACAAUUCCAACAUUGAAGUCAAUGUUAAAUGUGAAUUUAGUUUUCAAGUCUAGUUUUUUUUACUUGCUAUUGUGCCUAAACCAAGGCCAUCCUUCUAAUAACAUGAUUGAAUCUGUAUCUGUGUGUUUGUAGCUGUGGUAUCCCACUCAGUGGUCUCCAUCGAGGGACACAGAGGGGCAGGGAUGGGUCUGGUGUGUAAAACACAAGGCUGGUACCCUGAACCAGAGAUGAUGUGGCUGGACAGUGAAGGAGUCCCUCUCUCUGCUGGACCUUCAGAGACGACCAGAGACUCUGAGGGACUCUACACACUCAACCUGAGGGUCACUGUUCAGAAGACAGAUGUAAACCUCUUCACCUGUACAGUUAAACAUAAAUACAUGGAGAGAGAAGGUGGCAGAGCUUCAUGUUCCUGAUGAGCUGUUCUAUCAAGAUCACACAUGGAAAGAGACCUUGAUUUGGGUGCUUGUCUCUGCCGGUGUCCCUGCCGUCGCAUUAGCUGUGUUAAUUUGUGUCCUGCGGAAAUGGCAUCGCCAAGUAAGAGUGAGGCGUCUGAAAGAAGAGAGAGAGAGGCGUCUGAGAGACGAGACAGAGAGGCGUCAGAGAGAAGAGAGAGAUGAUGAAGCCGUCAGACAACAUGCAGUGGAUGUGACUUUAGACUCUGAUACUGCAUACCCUACCUCUUCAUGUCUGAUGACAGGAAGCAAGUGACAUGUGGAGAUGAACAACAGGACAUUCCUGACACCGCAGAGAGGUUUGAUGGGAUCCCUUGUGUCCUUGGAAGACAGGGCUUCUCCUCAGGGAGGUUUUACUCUGAGGUGCAGGUGAAGGACAAAAUUGAAUGGACUUUAGGAGUAGCUAAAGAAUCCUGCAAGAGGGAGGUGUAUAUGGCACUGGGAUCAAUAUUUGGAUACUGGACAAUUAGACUGAGGGAAGGUAAAUACGAGGCUCUGACUGACCAUCAAGUCCCCCUCCACCUGAGCCAGAAGCCCCAGAAGGUGGGGGUGUUUGUGGACUAUGAGGUGGGCAAAGUGUCCUUCUACAAUGUGGAGGCCAGGUGUCAUAUCUACUCUUUCACUGACUGUUCCUUCACUGAGAGACUUCAUCCAUUCUUCAGCCCUGGCUCUCCAGUGGACUUCCAUGUGAACAUCGCUCCUCUGGUCAUCUGUCCUGUAGAGGGUGUUGUACCUGAGUCCCCCAGUCUGGUGUCACAGUCCAGACCUGAGCCCUCCCAAGGGGUCCAGGCUGGGUCCAGUACAACUCUUCAGCUCACCAGUCUGAAUCUCAAACAUAUGAAUCUGAUUCAGCUCACCAGUCUGAAUCUCAAACAUAUGAAUCUGAUUCAGCUCACCAGUCUGAAUCUCAAACAUAUGAAUCUGAUUCAGCUCACCAGUCUGAAUCUCAAGCAGUUGAAACAGAUUCAGGUCACCGGUCAUUACUGGAUCAAGGUCACCAGUCUGAAUCUCAAACAUAUGAAUCUGAUUCAGGUAACCUGUCUGAAACUCAAACAUAUGAAUCUGAUUCAGGUCACCAGUCAUUACUGGAUCAAGGUCACCAGUCUGAAUCAAGUGAGGAGACAAUCGAGUCAGUGUCUUUACUGGGGCAGUCAGCUUCUUAUAAAGUGUGAUGUUUGUUAGAGCUUGUUAUCAGAACAGUGUGUUUGUAAAUAAAUGAAUGUAAAGACCAUGUUCCCUCCUGCUGGGUCUGUAGUGUGGUAUCUGCUUCACAGAUCGCUAUCCUGUCCAAACCCUCCCCAUGUUUUAUAUACAUGAUUUCAUUUCUGGAGGAUGGAUGUUACAUUUUUAUUGAUAAAACCUGUAUGUGUUGUGUUUCGUUGCAUGUAUGCAUUUGUUUUCUGUCUUUUGUUUAACAUUAGUUUUCUAACAACUCCCAUGUGGCUCCCAUACAGUGUGGAUCAUGUAGUGUGUGGAUCGUGUAGUGUGUGGAUCGUGUAGUGUGUGGAUCGUGUAGUGUGUGGAUUGUGUAGUGUGUGGAUCGUGUAGUGUGUGGAUCGUGUAGUGUGUGGAUCGUGUAGUGUAUGGAUCAUGUAGUCAGUGUAUGGAUCAUGUAGUGUAUGGAUCAUCUAUAUCUCCUUAUGAGGCCAAGUCUCUCAUCUUCUCCUUAACUGUCUUCACCUUCUCUCCAGAUUCCCAAAUAUGAGGAUGUUGAUAAUGCUCAUUUAUAUACUUACAGCUUAAUAAAAUGUUUGUUACUAU